AUGAAUGAUACUCUUUUCGAUACUAAAGUCUUAGAUAACUUUGAAUAAGAGUUUUAAUAAGUUCAUGAUGAUAUCAAUCCUAAAAUACAUUCACGUAUUGCACCAUUGAUCUUUGCAAUUAAAGGAUUAAAAUAAGAAAUCAAUCAAGUUUUCGCUGAUUUUAUUCGAGAAACCAAUAGAGCCACUGAUGUUAUGCGUAUUAAAGAUAUGUUUGAAGCAGUGUUAAUGGAAUAUAAUCUAAGAGAAAAAGAAAGUAAUAAAUUAAUGGAAGCCAUCUUACAAAAUGAUACUAAAUAAAUUAGGUAAAUCUCUCAAUUGCUCAAAGAAAUACAUGAACUCUAACAUGAAGUUAAUCAGUUUUAAAGAUAAAGUGAAGUCAAACGAUAAAGACAAUGUGGUAUCUUUAAAGGAAAUCCAACUGAUUUCAAAAAAUAAAAUACACAAAUUAUAGAUGAAACUAGCAUCUAUGAUUGGGUAGUUGAUAUAGAUUUUAUAACAUCUAUAAACAAUUCUGGAUGGAAAGUUUGGCUGUCUCCAAAAAUGAUUAACUAAGAAAUUAUAAACAUAAAAGCAUUAGAAGGAGCAACUGUUGCAGUAACUGGACUUUAUGAUAAAGGAAAGACCUUUGUUUUGAACAGUCUUACAAUGAGUAAUUUGCCAUCUGGAAAAAAAGUUACAACUAGAGGCAUUUCAUUUAAGCAUGUUAAUGUAGAUAAUGGUACAAAAUUGAUUUUAGUGGACACAGCUGGAACAUAUAGUCCAGUUAAAAUUGAAAAUGAAUUAUCUAUUGUAGAUAAAGAAGCAACAGAAACAUUUAUAUCUGAUUUAGUAUUUGAUUUAGCAGAUUACUUUUUAUGUGUAGUUAAUGAUUUUACUAGUCUUGAUCAAAGAUAUCUAGAUAGAUUAAGUCGUAAUCUAUAACAAAGUCCUAAUAAGACAUUUAGAGAAAUUAUAGUAAUACAUAAUUUAAAAGAUGUUGAAUCACCUGAAAUAUUAGAACAUGUUUGGAGUACAUAAGUAACAUAAAUAUAUGCAAAUGGAACUCUAUAAAAAACAAAAGUAGCUGCUCUAAAUCCAAUCAAUAAAUAACUUUAAGAAAAACAUGUUCUUUGGUUUAAGACUCCAUAUACUAGACACGUGUGUAUUGUGAAUGAUGAUUGUAAUUUAGGUAAGAGUCUUAAUCCUUGGGUAUUUUCACUUCUUAGAUAUUGGUUAAAAGCUGUUUUCAUACCUGUAAACAGAAGUUUUUCAGUAUUAGAUUGUUUGUUAAUUUAAUCAAGAUAAAAACUUGUUAAUUUUUUUAGAAAGAAUAUCAAAAUUGAUCUUUAAGACACAGAUGAUCCUUUGAUCAAAGUUAUUAAAACAGAAAAUGAAUUUCAUGAUAAAAUUCAAAUUCCUUAAGGAUAAGUUGAUAUGAGUGGUUUAAUUACAGGUUAAUAAGAUUCCUUUUAGCCUGCAACAGAUAUUAUUGCAGGUGAUCAGUAUAUAAUAUUGAUGGAUGCUCCAGGAUUGACUAAUGAGGAUGUUGAUAUACAAAGACAGAAUGUUGUUACUUUGGUUAAGGGAAACAAAUAGAGACCUUAUAUUAAUCAAGGAUAAUUGGAGAAAAGUGAAAGAAAAUAUGGAGAAUUUACACUUACAUUUAAAGUAUAAAAUAAAUUAAUUAGAUUCCUGAUAUAUAUGAAAGAUAAUGGUCUUAUUUUGGUGUGGAGAAAGGAGUCAUUACAAUAAAAUAUGAUAAAGAUAAGGAUGAUAUUUGA